AUGGGUGCUAAUUGGAUACUGUUGUUGUUGUGUGCAUCACUGGUGUUUUUUGUUUACUUGUUGAUUCGUUCAACUGACUUCAUUCGCUGCGUUUUGCGUCGUUUCGGAUGGACUCGUCUGGAGGAGCACGAAGAAACGUGCAGCAACACUCACGAAGAAGCCGACGAGCAAACCACCUUAAGGAAUGGCACCAAUUUGAACGAUGGUGUCGCCAAAAAACAUUCAUUCGGUUCAUAUCAACACGAAAAUGGUGAAGACGAUCAGCCUAUGUCUCAAACGCAAGUUCAUGAUCAACAACGCAAUUCGGUGCCGUCAAGUUCAUCGGCUUAUCAGCUCUCACCAGGCAAAUGCUCACCCGCAUCCAUGGGUACAUUGGACACUCCUGCCGGUGCUACUGAUAUCGUCGUUGAUACUUAUCAGUUUAUGAACACGCCAAAUGCAAGCGUUCAUCCGAGUCUAAGUGACGAUCGCGAACGAGAUGAUGAUGCUGUGCCAACGAUGUACGGUGGUGAUAGGCACCAGAUGGAAGCAAUAUCACCGAAGAGAACUGAUUCAGAUGUGCGUUUGCGACCGAUAUCGCCGUACGAUAAUGCAUCGAAAAGUGCCCUAUCAUCUGAAGAGGAAGAUAUGGGUGAGUUAAAUAACUGCUUUGAAGCAAUCAAUCUGACUAGAGAGCAUCGCCAAAACUUUUCUGUUGAUUUUUGCUCUUCGCAAUUAUUUUACUAUGAGCAUAAACAACGACAAGCGAGGAUUACCCCCAAAAAAGAUGUGGAAGCCUGUUUCAUGCAGCACAGGGAGAUGAAAGGAUUCGAAUUCUCGAGAAAGAUUGCGAAGGUUCAAGUUUAUUAUCGUUAUUAG